CCUUAUGUGCAAGAAACACCAAAGUACUUAUCGUUCCGACCAAUCAGCCACGUAUAAUGUGUGAUCAAUAUCAUCAAGCGAAGCUGGCGGCUUCCCGUCGUCGGUUGCGCGUCGCUGAAGGAUUCCCGCGAUGAGACCUUCAAUGAAUUGAUGGCAUCAAACAUGGAUUCUCAUCAUCCGGGAUGACAAGUAUUAUUUUGUGAGUAUAUAAAGCACCGAAAGAACUGCUCUGACCUGCUACAGCUCAAACAGUCUCAUCGCUAUAUCAUCUUUCAAUCGAAGCUCACCACGCUUUUCCUCCCAAAUUUCACUUAGACGUAUCAACCCAGCUUCGACACCACACACAUUCAGCAAUGUCUCAACACACCAUCUUCGUCAGCGGCGCAACAGGCACAGUCGGCGGCUCAGUCGCACGAAACCUCCUCGCAGCCGGCAUCGCAGUCCACGCCCUCGCCCGCAACCCAGACUCUCCCGCCGCCAAGGCCCUCUCCUCCCUCGGCGCCUCCCUCACCCCAGGAGGCUACGACGACCAAGGUGCCCUCGAGGAGGCGAUGAAAGGCGUCACAGGGGCCUUUUUGAAUCUGAUGCCCGAUUUCGUCGACCACACCUGGGAACUCAAGACGGCGAAGCGUAUCAUGGCCGCCGCCAAGGCGGCAGGCGCCACACACUUCAUCUACAGCAGCAGCUUCUCGGUAGAUGCUCCCCAGAAGCUCAAGUACUGGGAUCCCGAAAGCUUCACUGCUAUGGUCCUUCUCUCGAAGCAGGCUAUCGAGAACGAGGUCCGGAAGGCGGGCUUCGAGCACUGGACCAUCCUACGACCUGGCAACUUUACGGCGAAUUACAUCCUUCCGAUCGUUGCCGUGUACCCGGAUCUUGCCAAGAAAGGGCGCUUCGUCACAGCUCUGACGCCCGAGACGAAGUUGCCGACGGUGGACCCGAACGAUAUCGGACAGUUUGCGUUGGCGGCGUACCGUGAUCCUGUCAGGUUCAACACUCAGGAGAUCUCACUUGCGUCGGAGCUGCUUACCGCAGACGAUAUCAUGGGGAAACUUGCGAGGUUUACGGGGAAGGACAUCAAGGCUGUGUAUCUCUCUGAUGAAGAGGUUGAGGCGCAAAAAGGAGGGAACCCGUUCUUGGCUGGACAGUUGGCUAUGCGUGAUAUGGAUCAGUUUGCUGAUAUUGAGGGGACAAGAAGCUGGGGAGUUGCCUUGGGGACCUUUGACGAAUAUCUGGAGCGGGAGAAAGAGAGGGUCAGCGAGACCUAUGGGCAUCUUGCAUAG